UUCAUAUGUUUACUAUUAUUCUUGUAUUUGUAAUAAAUCAUUAAUAAGUUUAAAUGUUCGUCAAUUAAUUUAAAAUUGGUAGGUUAAAUUUCGUACGAUGUUUAUGUACAAUUUCUGUCAGCUAAUACUAUACAUGGUAGACAUUUUGAUCUUGUUGCGUAUUACAAGUAUGAUCCGUUAUAUAUAAAUUAAACAGUACCUAAAAUCUAAAUGAUUUGUACCAUUUAUCAUUCUACGAAUUAAAUAAUUCCGAGCAUGUUUGUUCAGAAAACAUGUUUUAAACGUUACAAACAAAAAUGUUAGUUUAAUUCUGGUGGUGAACAGUAGAACUUCUUUGUUUUUUUUUUAUCAUCUUUUAUGCUGGAAUGGUCAGUCUUAACAGAGAUUUAAAUACGUUAGGUAGAGGAGGGGUAUUUUUUGAUUCGUCUCACAAUAUGGAUGAUGAUGAAUAUCUUCAACCUAUAUUAAUUUCUCAAGAAGAACAUUUUCAAAAAUUAGAUACUGUAUCAAUUGUGUCUUUUCCCCUUAUAUUUAGUGUGUCUUUAGAAAUUACAGGAAUUAUAUUUAUAUGUGUGUGGCCUGAAGAAAAAAAUAAAUGUGAUACAUAUUUUAUAUAUUUAUAUCUUCAUUGUGCUUAUUGGUUGAUAGUUAUGUUGACGGAUCAUUUAGUAAAAAUAAAGCACCAUAAACUUCGUAUUUAUGGAUACCUUGAUUUUUAUCAAUCAACGUAUCAACAAAUAAGAACACCUCUUUUCAUAGCAUCAUUGUGGAUGACAUGUUAUUUAUUGUUGGCUGUGAUUUUACACCAUACGCACAAAGUUAAUUAUGAAGAAUAUUGUCGUGCAUCAGAAUGGUUUACUCCUCUAAAUUAUAUAGUGUUGUUAACCACGGUAGAACUUACAAUUAUCAUACCAGUUUAUAUAAAUUACAUCAAAAAAGUUUUGAGAUUCAAUCGAUUACGUCCACCACCUGAUGUUUCUAGAGAAGAAUGGCUAUCUUCUUUUACUCAAGAUACAUAUGCAGGUAGCAAUGAAGUAGGUUGUCGUCAUGGGGGAUCUAAUUUGGAAGAAUUACUUGAAAAACAAGCAGAUUUGAUAAGAUAUUUAAGAGAUCAUAAUGUUAAAUUGAGUCAUAGAAUAAUGUCGUUGGCUCAACGUACAUUGCCUCAAACAUAAAAUUGUGGUCUAUACAAAAUACAAGCCUCAGGUAAAGCCUUUUUUAUAUUUAGUUUUAGAGUAUUUAUCUAAUUUCAUUUAUUUUUGUUGAUGACAUUUUCCCACUUUCUUCAUUAUAUUAUCUGAAUACAUUCAUUCUUAGUAUUGACAAUUCACUUAUAUGUAGGCUUGUAUUACAAAAUAUUACAAAAAUUUUCUUAUAUAAAUUAUUAGAUAAGAAUGUUAAAUAUUCUAUAUCAAUUUUAUUAUCUAAUGUUAUUAUUUUGAAAUGAACAUAUUCAAUUGAUAUAGUUAUUAUUAUAAAGAGAGAUGUAUAAUAAGAAAUCAAAGAUAAUUUCUGUGAUAAAGAGUGUAUAUAUCCAAUUCAAUAAAGUAUAUAUUUUUUUCAAUUAUACAGUAUUUAUAAUUCUAAUUAUAUCUAGAUAUACUUUACAUUACUUAUAAUACAUAUUUGUUUAUAUGAUAUUGCUAUAAUUAGGCUAGCAAUAUUUCCAAUAUAUAAUAUUUAUUUUCUAAGAAUACAUACUACAAACAUUAGUAUUACAAACUAAUAUUAUAAUGACAGAAACAAUUAUGCAUUCACUUUGCAUUUUUUCAAAUGAGUUUGAAGUAUUAUUGUAUUUUUUUAUCAUCAUGUUGAAGAAAUAUAUACUUUUAAUAUGAAAACUAAUUUUUUUAAAUUAUAAAAUAUAUUUCAGACAUUAUCUUAA